AUGAUUUUGCUUGAGGACAAUCGGCGGCAAUUGCUAAAGGAGUCAAAUGAUGGGGUGUCGCCGCAGGUGGUUGAGCUUGAGAGGCAUAUAGCAGGGCGUGUUGAGUUCUUGGCUGGCGAUUUUCGUACGAAGUUGUUGGAGUUUCUUGACCCAACUCCCGAGGGUAUUGGUUUGAAUGAGUUGAGUUUGGAGACUGACGUCGAAUUUGGUAAAAUGGUGAAGGUUUUAAUUCAGUUGGUGCAGCAGCCCGAACUCAACGCGGAGGGCAUUAAGGACCAACAGUAUGCUAUGAACAAUUACGUGCACGAGCUGGCGCAGGGCGUGCUGGGUCGGGAUAGGAGUUUUCUUGCGCCGCUGCCGCAGGGAGUGCCGCUGGCGGAUCUUCCACUGGAUGACCCCGUGUUCCAUGAGAUGGAGCUGCAACGGCGGAAGCUGAGGAAAGAGCCGGAAAAGAAUGCAGCCAGAAUUGCCGAGUUGGAAGAUAAGCUAAAUGGUCGCGCAGAUGAGCUUGCCAAGCUUCUCCGUGCGAGGGAACGUGCAUUCCUUGAACCGGAGCCGGAGGGGGUGCCGCUGGAGCGUCUGCCACUGAAUGAAGAUCCGGUACUGCAUGAACUGGAGACGCGCCACCGGCAGCUGCUGCGGGCGACGCCGAGGAACGAUAGGGCCAUUCGGAGUGUUGAGGAGACAAUCAUGGAACGCGUGCGUGAGUUGGCUUUACAGUACCGCGGAUGGCAAGACGAAGAAUUCCAUGAGGCGAACAAGCACGUGGCGGAGGAGUGGCCACGCCUCUGUGAGCUCUACCCGGAGGGUGUCCGUGAACCGGUGGUGCCUGAGAAAAAGCUCCCAUCACACGUUUCUUCUGCACCGCGUGAACUGGGAUACUUGGCCCCAUUCAUCGCCGCUAUGAGUCAACAUCCUCCGCUUAUUGACCGCCUGUUUGAGACAAAGGCGCACCCUGUGAACGGCCCAUAUAGAUGUGUUUUUUAUGACCCCAACAGUACGCCUGUGCCGGUGGACAUUGACGACCGUGUUCCUGUGGAUGCAAACAUGGAGCCGAAGUUUACACGGGUUCCAAAGCGGUCGUGGUAUCCGCUCCUGCUGGAGAAGGCCUACGCGAAGUUUGUUGGUGGGUACUCCCGGCUUGACCAGUGCACACCACACGAAACGCUGCGGGACCUGACAGGCCGCCCGGUGACGCACAUUCCGUUUGAGGAGAAACGUGCGGAAGGGCUAAGCAUGGGCGAUUUCCGGUCCGUGAAGUUUUGGCUUGACAUCGCCGCUGAUCUUUCCAAGGGUGACAUUAUUACGGCAAUGACCAGCAAGCAUGUUCCUGAUGGCAUUCAUCCGCAGUGCAGUUACGCCGUUUUUGGGGUAAUUGAAACGGUGAGGGAGUCAAAUGAUCCGGCCGACAUUGUGGUGAGGCUGCACAACUGCUACUUUGACGCGCCGACCUACACCGGCCCGCUCAACCGCGAGGACCCACGCUGGACGUCUGAGCUAAAGAAAAUAUGCGGCUUUGACCCGGCAGAGGAGGAGUUUUUGUACCUGCCACUGCCCGUGUUCUUGCGAAACUUCUCGAGCAUGCAGCGCUGCCACAUUAACUGCGGCGACCGCCUCACCGCUGCGGGGGAGUGGGACAAAAACUCUUGCGGGGGUAACCCGAAGUUCACGUCCUUCCGAAGCAAUCCGCUUUAUUUGGUGGAGAAUAAAUCGACGCGUCCGGCGCGAAUCCUGGCCGAGUUGCGCCACCAAGCGCCUGUUUUUUAUGAUGCCGAGGGCGUUGGCCACUACCACCAGACCGGAUUAGCGCUCUUGCAGCAUGACGAGUCCGUGUCUGUGGUGAGUGGCCUGAUUACGAACUCAACGCACAAGUUUAUUCAGAAAGGUAUUUUGUUGGACACGCGGGAGGUGUGUGCACGGAUGGAGGUUCCCCCGCGGUCGACGUGCAUCCUUGUCCCGUACACCAUGAAGCGUGGCUGCCUGGGCAAGUUUAGCGUCUCUGUUUAUCCCGGGAACUCGGGUGCGACUCUAAUGCCGCUGCGACCGCUGCAGUCCACGCAUGCCGCCUGUGAGGUGGAGGUGGUCCUUGCGCCGGGCAGCCGUGAGGGGAAACGCAUCGACUUUGUCGUCAGCGAGGCCUGCGACGCCCACCUGCUGCUGCGUCAGAGGAAAAUCACGGAUCCGGCGUCGACCAAAAAAGGAGAUGUGCUCGCCGAAGACGAUGUGAUGAUGAUGGUGUACGACGCACACACGACGCGCUUGGCGACGACCGGCGAUGCGACGAGCGCACGCGAACACUCACUUGUUCUGCAGCUGCCUCUCUCCGGGCGGUAUUCUGUCUUGCUCGGCUGUCCGAACAAGCCCGUGACGGGCGACUGCCCGUGCUCGCUUUCCAUCUACACCCCACGGCGGGUCACCACGAGGAUCGUGCCACUCCCAAAGAGUGGUGCCCCGAAGGUGCUGCCGUUUUUGUCGCCUCCCCACUCCAUCCGGAGCGCCCCGCCGCAGACGGGCAGUCAUGCGAACGGCAACGGCCCCACGGGCCUCGCGGCGGCGACGGUGGGUCGGCGAGCCGAGUCGCAGGGAGCGACAGUGCCGGUUCCCCCGCGGAACGGCAGGCCAGCGACGUACAGGUAA